AUGCGGCAGAGAGUAUCCGUAGGCGAGGAGGAACAUGUUGACUUCAUCUAUCAAUUUGUGAAGAAAAAAUUUUUUCCUAAGCGUGACUACGAUCGGAGUCUUAGCACGUUUUAUACUGCUCUUGACAUUAUUGGACCACCCAAGUUUUCAAACUAUGGAGUUGGUAUUUCCGAACUACCAUUUCAUUUACCAUGUUUUAUUAGAGGAAGCAAUAGGAAAGAGAUCGAUAUCUCACUAUCUCCGUGGCAAAAGAAAGAUGAUUUCAUCAGACGAAUUGGUAAAUUUGGAUUCUGGCAGUAUCUCAAAAAUACAUAUAUUGAUAUUGAGUUUCAUGAAGCUGUAUAUCCAAUCAGAGUCUCUAUAUACGAAUUAUACUAUCCUGGAACCGUAAUUCAAAUUUGGGCUCAAGAUUCUAAUAAUCAGUGGUUAAAGUUGUGGGGUGAAUCGACUCAGAUUGUGCCGCCACUGCUGCCGGCAUCAAGAUUAUUUUCCCCACCCCUAUCGCACCCUUGUAACUUUAAAACCAAAAUGCUCAGACUAGUAUUUAGAAACGGUCCACCUGGAUCUCGCACAAAGCUGGACGCUGUUAUGCUUAUCGGUACAUCAGAAUUGAUCUUUCCUAGAAAUGCUAAUGAGAGUUUAACUAAUUUGUUAAAAAGAAUUAACUGCACGUACUCUCCACACCAUGAGUAUAAUUUAACAGCAGAUUUAAAAAGUGCACACUUGGAUAUAGUUCAAUUGCAACAGAAUUUUCCCGAAUAUUGCAUUAUUUGUAAAAGCGAUAUAAAAAGGAAGACUUUUUAUAAGAAUAAUUUGAAACGCAAAGAAGAAUCUCAGGAAGUAAUUUCUGCUUAUGAGCAACUUCAUGGAGAGAAAAACUCAUCUCAUAUUUUAUUAAAAAGUCAUUUGAAUCGUGUAAACAGUAUGAAACUCUCUUUGGAUGAAUCCAAGGAGCUACCACGCAGUUUGUCUGAGCUUCCUGUAAAGAUGAAGUACUACUAA